AUUCUCACCUCUCACCACAAUUCACAGCUCGCUCUCGAUCUCACCUCUCUUACUAGUGUUCCGUACAAGCCUUCGAGAUAUAUGGAUGGCGUCUAUCCGGCGGCCCGACCCGAAUUGAUCCACCUAUUUGGAUCCGAGUUCGUGUUAAACAGCCCCAAACCUAGAGAGAAGAGUGAAGAAUUGAAGGCUAGGUUGAGGAAAUUAGCAGAAAGAGCUGAGAGGAAUGAGUAUCGAGAGCUUGUUAAGGAUAUUGUGCCGAACAAUGAACAAAAUGAGCCUUUCUCUUCUUACAAAGAUCAGCUUGGUUUUGGUUUACAUGUUGCACUUAUAAUGUUUACUGGCUAUUUGGUUGGAUAUGCUGCAUUCAGAGCAUUGUUUAGCCACAGCCCCGCCAUGAGUGCUGCUGGAGGCAUUCUUGGAUUGGUUUUUGGCAUGCUUGUAGAAACAUUCCUUUUUAUUAUUAGAAGUUCUAAUCAAGAUCCUAAAGUGUCUUCUUCUGCCUCCAAGCAAAAGAAGAAUCAGUAGACAUGGGCUUUCUACACAGCACAGGAGAGAAAAAAGUGGGGGGAUGACAUUUAAUCUACGUAGUACAGGAAAGUGAGAAGAUAGCAAAUAUGGAGGAGAUGUGGCAAAGAGAGCGCAAGAAGGGACUGUGAACAAGCAGUAAUUCUAUUUUACCCUUAUCCCUCUGGUUUCUGUUAGAGGAAAUUUUUCUUUCUUUCUUUUUACCAUUUCUCCUACAUUUCCAACCAUCCCAUCGAUCUAGCUAUUAACGGUUUGACUUCCCUCCCCAACCUACCUCUGGUGAAAUACUUUUGAACCAAGUUUCUCAGAAUCUAUAGCCAAGAAUCUUUGUUUGCAUAAGUGGCACGCCAAGACUCCUGUUAUGCUAUUGAAGUCUUGCUGCUAUGGAGCUUCUAGUAUAUGAACUCCAUAUAUAUCAAUGAGAGAAAAUGGAACAAAAAGAUACAAAUUUGAUUUGCGAGUAUUUGACUUUCCAUGAACUUUAGAAUAUGUAACCUUUACCUCCAGUCUCUGUACUUAGCAAGGUUGUCCUUUGGAUUUUGAUGAGUCUUUUAAUU